CACAAGCAAUUUUUACUAUUAUGCAAUUUUAUCCUUCUAAAUGUCCUAGAGUUACAUGCAAGGAGCCUUCCGAAGCUGAACGGGCUCACAUGCUGUGAUCCAUCCCUCCCUGCAAGCCCGACAACAAUAUCGGCCCUUCCCAUCCCUUCACGGUCGGAGCGCUAGCCACGCGCCUCCUUCGAUCUUGCGCGACUUCCCGCGGUCUGCUCAGUAACUCCGGAGACCGAGAGGAUCUCCCAGCAUAGCCUUCUGACAGGUCUAGUGCGUGGGCCGGACACUUGCAGUACCCCGGACACCAUGGCUUCCAACAACCAUCAACCACCGCGACCGACUCUUCAGAUGUCGUAUUCGCAGAGCAGCAUGGGAUCGACCACCAAUGGCAUGGCUUUUUCUCAGUCGCACAUGGGCUCGUUCAACACUUCUCAGUCUGUAGCAUCUACCCCUAGAGCUACGCCGCCCCCCAAAGCAUCGCAACAAUCAGCCAUGUCUUUCGCCUACAAUGGACUGCCAAGGGGUAGCUUCACUACAUUUGAGGAUAUGCAUGGUUAUGGCACCGUGUAUGAGGAAUUCAAACCUCAGAUCUACAAGGCUGUCUACUCCAAUGUUGCUGUCUACGAAAUGGAAGUCAAUGGGGUCGCCGUCAUGAAACGCCGCGCCGACUCUUGGCUGAAUGCCACGCAGAUCCUCAAGGUUGCGGGCGUGGUCAAAGCGAGGCGAACAAAGACACUUGAGAAAGAGAUCGCGGCUGGCGAGCACGAGAAAGUGCAAGGUGGAUACGGCAAAUACCAGGGUACUUGGGUGAAUUACCAAAGAGGAGUGGAGCUUUGCCGCGAAUACCACGUUGAUGAGUUGCUGAGACCGCUCCUAGAGUACGACAUGGGGCCCAAUGGUACGACUGGCAAUGCACAGGACUCAUUGGACACUCCGACUAAGGAGCAGGCAAUGGCCGCUCAAAGGAAACGACUCUAUAACCACAUGGACAAUCGUGGCAUGUCGCAGCCUCAGCAGGGCACCUUCUUUCAGAACAUCUCUCGUACUGCAGCUACUGCAGUCAAUGCUAUGAGCAAAGCCCGCUUUGACUCUCCGGCCGGACGCGGUGUUGACGGAAGAAAGUCGAGUGUUAUGCGAAAACCCUCACAACAAAUGAGCAGUCAAGAUACCCAAAUCCCUUUCAACAGCCAACAGAGCAUGUACAGUGUUGCAUCCGACAGCGCCUUUGCAAGCAACGUUCAGAGCAACGGUCGAUACACAGUCCCCGUCGGCUCCGGCUUCGAUCCCGAAGAAUCGCACGAACCCCCUCGCAAGCGCAUUAGGUCUGCUUCCAACCAUGCGCAAUCUUUUGCACUUUCGUUCGAACAGUCGGCUUUGUCGUUCAACAAACCGACUCCGACUGAGCCCAACGACUCAUUCUAUCAAGACAUGGACGGCUCCAAUUCCAUGGCUGACGGUGCUAAGCGCGGUCUCGAGCCCCUGCAACCAGCUACCACCCCUGAGAGAUUCCAGAAGAUGAAGCUCAUCAUGACCUUGUUCCUAGACAAGAGGACGAAGGACUUCUCCACUCAUCCUGCUUUGAUGCAAUUGUCUGGAGAAGACCUGGAGAUCCCGUUGGAUGAGUAUCGUAACAAUGCUCUGCAUUGGGCGGCGAUGCUUGCGCGUAUGUCGCUUGUCUCCGCGCUUGUUGCGAAAGGCGUCAACAUCUUCCGACUGAACGGGGCCGGUGAAACUGCCCUGCAAAAGUCCGUCGGCACAAGAAACAAUCUCGACUACCGCAGUUUCCCGCGUUUACUGCAAAUCUUGGCUCCAACAAUCGAAAUGGUUGAUUAUAGUGGGCGAACAGUGUUACAUCACAUUGCCGUGAUGGCGGCAACUGGCGGUGGGGGCCAUGUAUCCGCGAAACACUAUCUGGAAGCUCUUCUGGAAUUCAUUGUUCGCCACGGUGGUACCUCAUCGAGCCAUUCGGGGCCUCCUGGUGUUGUGGACAGCACGCAGAAUCCUCCACAAACAGGAGAGGUCAUAACACUAGGUCGGUUCAUAUCCGAGAUUGUCAAUCUUCGAGAUGAUCAAGGCGACACUGCGCUCAACCUGGCGGGACGCGCGCGUUCUGUCCUUGUACCCCAGCUUCUAGAAGUCGGGGCAGAUCCUCAUAUACCAAACCAUACUGGACUGCGACCGGCAGAUUAUGGCGUCGGUGUGGAUAUGGUUGAGGGUAAUGGCCAAUCUCAACAAGCCGGAAGUCGAAAUGACUCUUUCAUGGACCAACUAGCCAAAACCAAGAAAGAGAUUCUAGAUUCGACAUUGGCGCAGAUCACCUCAUUGGUGCAUGAGACCCUGGGCGGCCUCGAUAGGGAUCUGGCCUCAAACUUAACGAAAAAGCAAGAAAAGUUCGAUCACUGGCAUGCUAAGAUCCGCGAGUCGGCUAAAGCGCGGCAAAUUGAACAGAAGCACCUUGAUGACCUGAAGAGCAGAGCUUCGGAACGCAUCGAGCUCAGUCGGCGAUGCAAGAACCUCGAGAAAUCAUCAGAAGAUCUUCUGCUAAAACUGAAAGAGACCAAGGGUGGAUCGUUUGAGAUGUCCACAAAGUACUUGGUUGGGGAUGCCGACAAAGAAUUUGGCCUAGAUAUUGCUGCCUUCGAAGCGGUCUUCCCCGAGAAUUUUGAUCCAGCUUCUGGAUUCACUGAGCAGCAAGCUGCUUUCCUUGGAUCAUUUCCACCCGCGGAAAGCAUACAGCAACGAAUAGAGGGAUACCACAAGUUCAACGACGACAUAAUGGAAGAGGUGGAGCGUCUCCGAUCCAAAAAUGUGGUUUUGGGACAAAACUAUCGUCGGGUGGUCAUGGCUUGCACAGACUGGACUGCUGAACAAGUUGACGAAGCAGUGGAAGGACUUACGCAAUGCGUCAAGGACCUCAAUGACAACCCAGUCCCUGAAGAUGAAGCUAUUGAGAUAUUGAUGAAAGAUCGAGGGCAAGACUGGUGAUCUUGUCAUUUGACGAACCUUGUUCGAGCUCCAAUGGUACAUAAUACCCUGAUUCUGCACGUUGGCACUAGCGGCCGUCUACAGGGUCUCUACUUACUCAUUCUUGUCUAUUGUUCACGCCUGGUUGGUUGGAGUCUGGCCAGUUACGAGGAAGCAUUGUUCAUAUAACGGAUCUCGGUGUUUGAGCAUGAUUGAUUAGAAGUUUGUUUUAUGCAUUGAUGUCUGUACUUGCAG